AUGCCGUCUUACGCCAUCAUUGGCGCAUCAAGAGGGAUCGGUCUCGAGUAUGUUCGCCAGCUGGUGACGCGUCCAGGGGAUGUGGUUUUCGCUGUCGUCCGAAGCGCGGCGACGUCUACCCAUCUUCAGGCUGUCGCUUCCGCAUUUGCUAAUGUCCACAUACUGGAAGGAGAAGUUACAGACUACGCCUCUCUACAGGCGAGUCGUGCGGCGACAAUCUCUGAUAUCAAUCACGGGGAGCUAGAUUGUCUCAUCCACAGUGCGGCGAAGACCGACCUGGCUUCGUUCAGCAAGGGUUACGACUCCUUCGCCACGAUGGACGAACUAGAUGAUGACUUCAUCAGAGCGUUCAAAGUCAACGCGCUCGGCUUCAUCCACGCCGUGCAAGCCUUCCUUCCCCUCCUCCGCGCGUCCCGCUCUCCCGCCGGCAAGCGGAUCGUCGCGCUCGGGAGCGUGGCCGUGGACCCCAAGUUCAUCCGAACCACGCGCUCGCCAGACUGCGUGGCGUACGGCAUGACCAAGUCCGCGGAGCUCAUCGCGGCGACGAAGUGGGCGAUGCACCUGGACAGCGAGCGCUUCGUCGUCGUCUCACUGAGCCCCGGGCUCGUCGACAGUUCCCAAACGCUGGAACAAGACGAUCGUGCGGCCAUCCGGGAGUGGUUCAGGCAGACCGGAGAGAGUUAUGUUAGCAUGGGGCUGGGUGACCUCCGCGCUCAGACGGUGGAGGAGUCGGUGUCUGCACAGCUGCGAGUCAUCGAUGGUCUUCGUCAGGAGGACAAUGGCAAGUUCUUCGCGCACACUGGGGAGGAACUGUGA